AUGGCCCGCCCAGCAACGUUCGCUUCGGCACUUACACUAUCGACCAUCGCCCUAGCCUCCAAGACCUUCCUCCGAUUGACCACUAAGAAAUACGAAGUUAAAGGACUACCGAUACUGUUAGAUGCGCUGAGGAUACCCCACGAUGGCAAGGGCAAGGGCAAGGCUAUAGAGGGUUUGGAGAAGGAUGGGGAUACUUCGCAAUUGAGCCGGAGGGGGAUAGUCACUGUGUGUAACCAUAACUCGGUGUGUGACGAUCCAAUGAUGUGGUCUCUUAUGCCUCUGUCAACAUACUUUCCAUUCGCUACUCCUUCCCAUACAUGUAGGAAUUCGAGAUGGACAUUAGGAGCCUCCGAUAUCAUGUUCACCAAACCCCUUCAUUCCAAAUUCUUCAACCUCGGUCAAGUGAUAGAAACGCAUAGAGGUGGAGGGAUAUUUCAACCUGCUGUGGAUCGCGCUGUCAAAUUACUACAAGAUGGCAGUUGGAUACAUAUAUUUCCAGAAGGAAGGGUCAACCAAGAACCGACAAAUCCCGACGGUGGCCUGUUCAGGUUCAAAUGGGGUAUAGGGAGGAUUAUAAUGGACUCGAAAGUCAUGCCUGAGAUAAUACCGAUUUGGAUAUCUGGCUUCGAUCAGAUAUUGGACGAAAGGAGAGGAUGGCCGAAACCCAUACCUCGUCCUGGCGCCAAGAUCAGCAUCACCGUCGGAAAACCUCUGACAUCUCAGAUAGAACCUCUGGUGAAAGCUUGGCGAGCACUGGCAGAUGAAGAAGUGGGUACGGUCGGUAUAGGUGGAGAUUGGAAGCAGGAACAGAUCAAGGAUUCAGAUACGCUUGGGCAUGUAGGAGAUGUACAGAAGGAGAUUAGGAGUAAAGGAGCUCUGUCAGAUGGAAGGGAGAAAGAAGUUAGAAUCAAGAUUACCGAGCUCCUCCAGCAAGGUGUGAGUGAUCUGGGUAGAGAGGUAGAAGCGAAAGAAGGUAGAUUCGAGAAGGGGUUAUGGUCACAAUCGACCAAGAGAGUCAAAUCGGAAUAG